AUGCGUCCGGAGAGUGCGGACGUUUCCAACAAUCCCUCUGGGGAUGCGUGUAAGAAAUGUAAAAUUAUACCCGUGACAGGGCUUAAAUGUGUUAAGUGCAAUUCGCUCAGUCAUCCCAGCUGUGUGAAAUUAUUAAAAAAUGUGCAGUACCUAGGUGAUGCGCAAAUAAUCUGUUGCGAUAAUGGUGAAAGUGUGGAUAAUGCAAGUAACAAGUCGCAAAUAUUUGAAUUUUCCCAUGAAGAUAUUGAAAAGAUUAUCCAAAAGGUAACUCGGCCCUUAAUGCAUGAAAUUGAGUUGUUGCGUAUGGAAGUUCGAGAUUUAAAAGAAACUAAUGUGGACUUGAUUAAAUUAAUGACACAAAGUAACCCCAGUCUUGCUCCAAAGCUCUUUUCUUCUCAAGAAAUAAAAUCUACAGUUCCUAAAUGGUCGUCAGUCGUUACACAAUCAAUUGAUAAGCCAAGUCAGUCAUUACAUUUUCCGAAUUUUCGUGAUAAAGUUGAUGUGAACUUGAAUAAACCUUUCACUGAAGGUGAGAGAAGCACCGAUAACGAUAACAAGAACAGCGCAAGAAAUCGUGGAAAGAAAAUUCAAAAAAAGGAGUCAACUACUGUUACCAAUAAACAAACAGAUGAAUUUCGUGUGAGUAGGGACGACGAAAUAAAUUUUCAUGACAAAGUGGAAAAUCCGUGGAUGGAACUAAGAAGAAAUCGAAGCAAUCGUAGAAAACAAGUACCCACUAUAACUGGAACUUCGAAGCAAGAAGAUGAUGGUGAAUUUCGUUCUACUUACGUUAAAAGAGCAUGGUUCUACGUCGGAAAAGUUGUUAAAAACAUUGAGACUAGUAGUGUCAAAGCUUAUAUAACCAAAAAGUUGUCCACUGAUGAGGUCAUAGUCGAAAAUCUUAAGCUGCAGGGAACAUAUGAUGCCUUUAAAGUUGGUGUAAACUUUAGUCUGAAGGACAAUUUAUUACGUGAAGAUUUUUGGCCACAAGGUAUUAGUAAUAGUUGCAUUAAUGUGGUUAUUUCUGAAGAUGAUGUAAGCAGGGCAAUAAAAUUACUUAAGGAUAGUCAAGUUGCUGGAGAUGAUCAAGUUCCCAGUUUUCUGGUUAAAGACUGUUCUAAUGUUUUCGUUAAGCCCCUAAUGCAUAUCUUUAAUAUAAUUUUAAAAACUUCAUGCUUUCCGGAUAAGUGGAAAACCGCCAAGAUUGUGCCCAUUUUCAAGAGUGGUGAUGUUUCAGCAGUGAGCAAUUAUAGACCUAUUUCGUUGCUGUGCAAUUUUUCAAAAAUAUUUGAACGUAUUCUUUUUAAUCAGAUCUCCUUCCAAACUAAGUUGUUAGUAAAUGAGGGCCAACAUGGGUUUACCAUGGGCAGAUCCACUUUAACGAAUUUAACUUGCUAUUCCCAAGAUAUAUCUCAGGCUUUGGAUAACAGAGGUCAAUUGGACGUGAUGUAUGGUGAUUUUUCAAAGGCCUUUGACAGAGUCAACCACCAGCUCUUAUUAAGAAAGCUGUCGAAUAUUGGUUUCUCUAAUUCUCUCACAAAUCUUUUUGAAUCUUAUUUGACUAAGCGCAACAAUUUUGUGGUAGUAAAUGGAUUUAAGUCCAACAGUUACAUCACAGCUGCUGGAGUGCCGCAGGGCUCCACUCUUGGUCCUUUGCUAUUCACAUUAUUUAUUAACGAUGUGCUAGAUUGUAUUCGCUACUCAAAAGUUCUCAUUUUCGCAGAUGAUAUUAAAAUAUACCGUGAAAUUAGUGGUAAUAGUGACUCCUUGCUUCUUCAAAAAGACAUAAAUAAUUUGGUUUCUUGGUCAUUGCUCAACUUUUUACCUUUAAAUGAGAAUAAAUCCUUUAUUAUUUCGUUCACACACAAGCUUAAUGUAUGCGAGUUUGAUUACAAAAUCAAUCAUCACAGCUUACAGAAAUGCUCUUCCAUUUUGGAUUUAGGUGUUUUGUAUGAUAAUAAGUUCAGUUUUGCAGAACAUGUGGAGAGCAUUACUUCACAAGCUAAAAGAUCACUAGGGUUCCUUAUUAGAAACUGCAAAGAUUUCACUAGCAUUCAAGCUUUGAAAACUUUGUUCUAUGCUUUGGUGCGCUCUAAAUUAGAAUACUGUGCGUUAGCUUGGUUUCCUUAUUACAACUAUCAAGAUGUCGAGUUCGACACCGACACCGACACCGACACCCACACUGGUCUGAACAUAGGCAUAUAA